AUGGUGGUGGUGUAUAAACCCGAGUUCGUCGCGCACGACGGGACGGCGCCGAUAUUCUCCGUGGACGCCGCGCCGGAUGGGUCGAGAUUCGCCACGGCGGGAGGCGAUCAAAAGGUGAAGGUUUGGGCGCUCGCGCCGGUGCUUGAACGCGAGAUUGAGGCGGAUGAAAACGCGCCGAAGUGCUUGGCGACGCUGAGCGAUCACUUCGGACCGGUGAAUUGCGUGCGGUUCUCGCGGAAUGGACGGUAUUUGGCGAGCGGGUCGACGGAUACGAGCGUGUUGGUGUACGCGCUGCGAGAGGGACCGGGAAAGGCGGCGUUCGGGAGCGCGGAUGCGCCGAACGUGGAGAAUUGGACGAUCGCGGCGAGGUAUAGGGGACACGGAUCGGAUGUGAUCGAUAUCGCGUGGUCGCCGGAUGAUUCCAUGUUGGCGUCGUGCUCGCUCGACAACUUGGUGAUUAUCUGGGACUGUCGCACGGGGAAUCCGGUGGCGACGCUUCGAGGGCACACGAGCUUUGUCAAAGGCGUGGCGUGGGAUCCGAUAGGGAAAUUUCUGGCGACGCAGAGCGAUGAUAAGACGUGCAUCAUAUGGCGUACGGAUGAUUGGACGCAAGUGGCCAAGGUUGAGGAACCGUACCAGGCGUCCAUGGGCGCAACGUUUUCGAUGCGCCUGUGCUGGAGCCCGGACGGCAAGGCGGUGACGACUUGUAACUCGUACAAAAAGCCGUCUCACACGGCAUCGGUGUUGGAACGCGGGUCUUGGGGGAGCAACUUUGACUUCGUCGGACACAAAGGACCCGUCGUUGCCGUGCGCUUCUCGCCCGUGCUUUUCCACGACGAGAAGCGAGAUAAAGUUCACACAGUCAUCGCGUGUGGGUCGCAAGACUGCAAACUGACAAUUUGGACCACGAACAGGCCAAAGCCAGUGUGUAUCGUGCGUAAAUGCUUCUCGCAGUCCGUGGUGGACUUGUGCUGGACUCCGGAUGGGUACACAUUGCUGGCGUGCAGCACCGACGGGACACUGUGCACGUUUAAGUUUGACCCGGCUGAAAUCGGUGAAAAGUUGGACGACACCGCCGCUGAAGCCUUUUUGUCCGAGACGUACGGUGAUAUCAAACGCAACCGCGCGCCCAUGCUGGAAGAUCCCACGUUGCUUGGAUUCGCGGCGGCUGCGCCGGGCGAGUUAGACGACGUGUCCAAGGGUGUGAAGACAACUCCGCCGCCCCCGAAGCGAAUUCAGCCCGCGCCGAUUCGAAGUAAUAAUGGCGUAGCACAAAACGGAGUGGCGACAAUAUCAGCGCAACGCGAGACGGUGAGUAACGACGGUCGUCGACGCAUUGUUCCCGUCGCAGCCACCGGUCCAUCUGAUGCUACGAAUGGAUUGAAACGUAGAAUAGAACCUACGGCAAUGAAUGGGGGCAAUGGAGUGCAGAGUGCUUUUGAGGCGCCAUCUGCGCCCGCACCGAAGCGAGUGGCGCUUCAACCGACGCAAGUGCAGCAGGUUCCACCGACUACUCCGUCGAUGCCGCAGCGUUCGCAAAUUCCUACUACAGCAUUGCCCGCACCACCGCCUCUUCCCGUGGCUCCGGCGCCCGAGGCGGAUGAAGGAAGCGAGGAACGCGCACCACUACUUCUCGAGGCAAAGAACCACCAUGAGCGCUCUUAUGUGGAGCUGGUUUGCUCGCAAGCGGGUAAGAUGAAGUGGACGGAUCGCAUCGAUAUGAAAGCUACUCAUCUCAGUGGAAAUAAGAACUUCUGCGCUGUUGCUCUUGAGGAUGGUUCAUUGCAACUCUACACCCCAUGCGGUCGGCGUUACAUGCCGUCUCUGCUUUUGCCUGAUCGAGCUGCGUUCUUAGUGUCCGGCAAAGAUGAUUCGUCCCUUUUGAUCGUUACUAGAGACUACACGCUCCUUGUGUGGAACGUGGCCGUGGGCAAAGAAACUUGCACGCUCAAGGCGGACUGCUCGGCGCUCGUGCGUAGUUCCUCGCGCUCUGGAGUUGCGCUCGCGACGGUGCGACUGUCAAAGUCCGGGGCUCCGAUUUUCACCUUCACGAAUGGUUACGCUUACGUCUAUCACAGUGAUCUGCAAACGUGGGCUCGAGUUGCCGACCAAAGCUUCAUGCGAUCGGAGUUUACAUCUCGGCUUCGUCAGCCGGGUAGUUCAGGCUUUGGGGAAAUGCAAGCAUUGCAAAUCGCCGCUGCCCGCGCUGCCGCGCACGUAGGACCAGCUGCACUGCUGCAGACAAGUGGACUGACAGCACGCCGCGAAACUGGCAGACACUUAGAAAUUCUAGUUGCGGGUGCAGCCAUGUUGCAAUCCGCGGACGAAUUCAAAUCGUGGCUUGCGGCGUACGUGCGUCACUUGGCGACUGAGUGCGGUGAUGAUCCUCGCACUACGUUUGUCGGGGCAGAAUCACAACUUCGCGAAGUUUGCACCGAAUUCCUCGGGCCUCUGAGUGCGAGCACGUCAGUCGACACGUGGGCUUCAGAAAUCCUCGGCAUCAAGAAGCGCACGCUCCUUCGUGAAGUGAUAAUUCCGACCAUCGCGGCGAAUGGCAGCGCUCAGCGACUCAUCGCCGAAGUUGUUACGCUGUUGGAAGCCGCGGAACAGCGCGAGAAGGACGCAACAAAAAUUUGAGCGAGUUCAUGAUGACUUCUAGAUGUUUGUGUAAAAUUACAAUCAAAUCAAUACUCU